GCGGCCGGGGCCGGGGCCGGGGCCGCUGCGGGCCAUGGCGGGGGGCGGCCGGGGGGCGGCCCGGCUGCUGGCCGUGCUGCUGGCCGUGCUGCUGGCCGGGCUGCUCGGCGGGGCGCGGGGCUUCGGCGACGAGGAGGAGCGGCGCUGCGACGCCAUCCGCAUCGCCAUGUGCCAGAACCUGGGCUACAAUGUCACCAAGAUGCCCAACCUGGUGGGGCACGAGCUGCAGGCGGACGCAGAGCUGCAGCUCACCACCUUCACCCCGCUCAUCCAGUACGGCUGCUCCAGCCAGCUCCAGUUCUUCCUGUGUUCGGUUUAUGUGCCUAUGUGCACAGAGAAGAUUAACAUCCCCAUAGGUCCCUGUGGAGGCAUGUGCCUCUCUGUCAAAAGAAGAUGUGAACCUGUUUUAAAAGAAUUUGGGUUUGCCUGGCCAGACAGCCUAAACUGCAGCAAGUUCCCGCCCCAGAAUGAUCACAACCACAUGUGUAUGGAGGGCCCAGGAGAUGAAGAGGUUCCCCUUCACAGCAAGACCUCCUUGCAGCCUGGAGAAGAGUGCCACGGCAUGGGAUCUAACUCAGACCAGUACAUUUGGGUGAAGAGAAGCUUGAGCUGCGUCCUGAAGUGUGGCUACGAUGCUGGCCUGUACAGCAGGUCAGCUAAGGAAUUCACAGAUAUCUGGAUGGCCAUAUGGGCCAGUCUUUGCUUCAUCUCGACUGCCUUCACAGUCCUGACCUUCCUGAUUGAUUCAUCCAGAUUUUCCUACCCGGAGCGGCCAAUCAUAUUUCUGAGCAUGUGCUACAAUAUUUAUAGCAUUGCUUAUAUUGUGAGGCUAACUGUGGGCCGGGAAAGGAUAUCCUGUGAUUUUGAAGAGGCAGCAGAACCUGUUCUUAUCCAAGAAGGUCUUAAGAACACAGGAUGUGCGAUAAUUUUCUUGCUGAUGUACUUUUUUGGGAUGGCUAGCUCCAUCUGGUGGGUUAUUCUGACACUGACGUGGUUUCUAGCUGCGGGACUCAAGUGGGGCCAUGAAGCCAUCGAAAUGCACAGCUCCUAUUUCCACAUUGCAGCCUGGGCCAUCCCAGCAGUGAAGACCAUUGUCAUUUUGAUUAUGAGACUUGUAGAUGCAGACGAGCUCACCGGCCUCUGCUAUGUUGGGAACCAGAACCUGGAUGCGCUGACAGGCUUUGUUGUGGCUCCACUUUUUACCUACCUGGUCAUUGGGACUUUAUUCAUUGCAGCGGGACUCGUGGCCUUAUUUAAAAUCAGGUCUAAUCUCCAGAAAGAUGGAACUAAAACUGACAAACUGGAAAGACUGAUGGUCAAAAUUGGGGUCUUUUCAGUGCUGUACACCGUCCCAGCAACGUGUGUCAUCGCCUGUUAUUUCUAUGAAAUCUCCAACUGGGCCAUUUUCCGCUAUUCGGCAGAUGAUUCCAAUAUGGCAGUGGAGAUGCUCAAAAUUUUCAUGUCCCUUCUGGUGGGUAUUACGUCAGGUAUGUGGAUCUGGUCAGCCAAAACUCUGCACACGUGGCAGAAGUGCUCCAACAGACUGGUGAACUCAGGGAAAGUGAAACGGGAGAAGAGAGCAGACGGUUGGGUGAAACCCGGGAAAGGGAACGAGACUGUGGUAUGAGGAAAGGACAGCAUCCCACUGCUCUGCCUGCUCUCCUGAAGGACUGAUGUGUGUAAGCAUUGCUGUGGAAAUGGUGGGAGUAGAGUAGGGGGACGGUUACACAACCUGUCUCUGGGGAUGGGGGAAAAAAAAGCCUUAAAGAAUAAACAGCAAAAAGAUCAUGCUGCAGAUACAAUAGCCAUAAACCAUGCUAAUAGGAGAGCCCAAGGAGGCUUUAAAAGCUGUGAAUUACCCAAACACGUUGUCUUCCUUUUUUGUUUUUUCUUUUUUUCUAAAAGCAGGAUGCAAUUACUGAAGUCUUGAAGUCUUUAGAAGUGGAGGUGCUGUAGCCCAUAGCUGUGGGAUGAUAUUUUCCUUACAGCUGAUGAAGGAAAGGCAGUCCAGGGCCAAAUUCUGAGCUUAAUUAGGGUCCAGUUACCAGAAGAUGGAGCACCCAGAACCUCAGUCAGAUGUCUUCUUUACAAGUUCAGCAUUGAGAAGGAAGCACUUCAAUUUGCCUUUAUGCCCUGGGGAGUUCUGGUGUUCCAAUACACUGUACCAGUGAGUCAGGGAUCACGUCCUGAAACAAAUAGCAAAUGGACUUUCUAGGUCUUACCCAUGAUGAGUAGGAUUUAGUGAGGUAUUAGUGAGGAUGACUUUUCAGUCAGCUAAUGGCCUAAUAAUAAUUUUGGCUCUUUUUUUUUUUUUUUUUUUGCCAUUUAUAACCUGGUGUGAAUGGAGAGUUGAUUCUGCCUUGUGGAAAUUUGAACCUCAGUUAUUCUGUGGUUCUAUCAAUAUUUAUAAAAUCUAAAAGCUUUACUCAAUGCCGUCCUCAAAAGCAGAGGAAUUAGCUCAAAGUGGGAAACUGUGUAUGGCCUUCUGCAUCUAUUAUCAUUAACCAUCUGCCUCCAUUCCUGCCCCUUCAGGUGCUCCUGCUAUAUCUAGCAGACCACUUUAUUCUGCUGCAUUUAAAAAAAGUCUUAACUAUAUAGUGUUCCUUCCUCUAGGAAAGAGAAAAAUUAGUUGAAGGUACCUUCAAACAAUACCAUGUUUCUCCAAGCAAACUUACUUGUCUCUCUCUGGAGACUCAUUGCAUGAAGCAAUUAAGUUUUAAUGUAUUUCAGUCAGUGUGAUGCUAUCUCCUGUGUAGACGCCAGUCUGUGGAGAAGCAAAAUGUUAAAUUCCUUGGCAACCUCAUGUUCACACAGAUCAGUUGUAUAAUUAUGUGUGUCAGUUGCAAUUAAAAGAGCAUUCUCAGCCCAUGACAUUGCAGUACAGCUGACUGCCUCACGACGAUGCUUCAAUUGCUCACUGACAGCUAUGGAGACAUUUUUUUAGUGUAUAUUUACAAACAGAAUGUGAACAGCCAUUCAGUCCUCAGGAGCAACAAAGGCUUUUCCAGUUUUUGUAAAGGGAUCCAAGAAAUCCAACUUAUUGGUGAAUUAUGUUGUUUCAAAGAAAAUGUUGCUUUUUCUUACUCUUUUAUUUGAGGAGGCAUCAGCUUGUGCUUGUGGGGAGCUGAAUGUAGUGCCAGGGGCUUGUAAGAAAGGUGAUGCAAAUACAAAUAUCCUAGAAGCAAGGAUAACAGUGCUCUCUUAAGAUGUUGUGAUGCUCUAUCCCUUUGAAACACAUUCAGGUUUUUUUAUCUAUGUGCCCCAAGCUUUUGCUUCCUUUGUCUGUAUGGAACCUGAUCAGCUGCAGAGUAUCCCCUUGGUGCCCCAGCUCCUAUGGACUUCCAGGGCAGCUGAGAACAGAUGCUGCUUCAUUAAAGUACUUGCUUUCCACACAGGUGCCCAUGUGCUUCCCAAGCCACAGUUCACUCCAGCUCUGGAAGUGAGCACUAAUCCGUCCCAGAAGCACGCAUUGUUUCAAUGUCAGUGUCGAAACAUGUGCUGCAGAACUUUUUUUUCUUUUACAAACAAUAUCCAGACCCCAAACAAACCCUAAUGGCAGUCUUUGCGGUUGGGCUCCCUCUCCAGCAGAACAAGUGACAACUUGACACAUUCUGCUCAAGACACACAAGCACUGUCUUGGCCAACACCACAUUCCAGCUGGGCCUUUUCACCCUCUCCAUAAAGUCUCUUGCUGUUAGUGUUGUGUUUGGAUCUGGUUAUUCCUUUGUGGACAAGGAGUUUUGCAAGUGUGAGAUCUUCAGAUGGCUGAGCUUCUCCAUCGUGCAGUCUCUGCUGGCACAGUGAGGAGUGUAAAGUCAGCAGCUGCAUGUUGGCUUCCAAGGAGGGAGGAUGCAGUGUGACCCUUUUUUGUAACCUAGUAUUUGCCAAAAUGUUCAGUCAAGGUGUGCUUCACUCUGAAACACUUUGGAUUACUCUCCUGGCCAAUAAGACCCAUGUUUGAGCAGACUGAUUCAAUAAAUGGCAUUUUUAACCUUGUUAUGUACACAGAA